AUGAUUGGUAACCUUGGCCAAGAGAUACGCCAACCAUCGCGGCCUUAUGCAAACUUGUCACAGGAGGGGGUUCGCCGUUGUAAAGUGAAUACCCUUCUAUCUAUUAUACCUGACCUCGAUGAACCUGCAAAAGGUCUCCCAGAAGGUUCGGUAGACCUAGGUGAUGGGUACGCACUAUUGCGAAAAUGGGACAGGUACAUGUUUUCGCCAGUUGGAGCUGCUGCACAAGCUAUGCACGAUUUUAUUGGGGAUGGACAGGAACUUCCUCGUAUUAAACGUUGGGCUCGACUUCUCUUACCUAAUGGACAAAUUGCUCGUUUGGCAUGGCGAGAGAUGCUCAAAUCAUUGGAUCAAACACGCAUGUCGCGCAAUGUGAAGCUAAAAUACGAUGGGCAGAUUCGAUUUGGUGAAGUUUUAUACUUCACCAGGUUGUCAGUUGAAGCCGACCCUGACGAUGAUUGUGACUGGCGUUUUGCAGAUGUGGCCAUCAUUUGUCUGUACUCCCAUCCAGACGAAGACCUCCUCCGGCUCUCCUCGCAGACCGUUGUAUCUUGCUCCCAACUUGAGGACAUCUAUGUUGUUGAUGUGAAGCAGAUCCUCAGUGUGGUUGCUAUGAUUCCGCACACACCAACAUUACCAUCAGGAGUUACGGAGGCCCGAUGUAGAAACAACAAUACUGAGUGGGGCUAUACGAAGAUGGCUCCAAACUGA